UCUUCGCUCUCCGUGCUCGCUGAAGCCUGCCGCUGCUCUGGCGCGCUGCUCCGCUCCGCGGCGGUCAAGUGAUCGGAGGGCCCCCGUGUUGCGUCGUGUCGACGACGGCGGACGGUUGUGUGUCGCGCGCGGUGAAGAAACACACGCCAGGUAAACAAAGGAGCAGGCGCGCAGCGCGCGUAUCCCGUUUUUUUAACGCGCCGCGCGUAUUACCGCCCGUGCGUUUUAUCGUACCCCCGCCGUCGGGUGGGUUAAUCGCGCCGACUCCUCGCGGAGAGCGGAGUUACAUGUGAGGGGACAAACGCGAAGUGCACCGAGACUACCUCGAAGUCGGAGCGACGGAGGUUUCCACGUUUCCGACUGACUCGUAUACGAGCUGACAUUUAAAUCGAGACUGCGGAGAGCCGUUCUCGGCCGAGUAAACAAGUGGAAUUGCAAGUGGAGCAACGAGCCGCGUUGGAAUUGAGACUACCUCAGGACGACACAAGGGAGGACAAGAGGCAGGGGAUUGUAAAUAGAAGAAAUCGCGGAGAUCGGAGGAAUCCCGUCGGCUGGUGUGUAUAUUCGAAAGCUGGAGCGCCGCCGCCGCGCGUGAGAGAUACCAUCUUCCCGUCGGGCCAAAAUAAUAAUCACUCGCUCUCUCCGUGUUACCGAGCCUCCUCGUUCUCUCCCACCCCCUCGGCGCGUUACCUCAUCGCGGAGCGGAGAGUAGUAGGUGCGUGUAACGAGCGUAUGCGCGCGUUGUGCAACCCGCGCCGCACCGAUCGGAGAGGAGAGCGAGCGAAGGAGCGAGAGAGAAAGAGAGUCACACAUUCGGGCGCAAGGCACACUGUGUGUGUGUGUGUAUGUGUGUGUGUACGUUCGAUCGGCCUGGAAGCAAAACAAUGCGCUGCUGGUGUAGCGCGCAGUGGUGAGAGGAGGAGCUCUCUGUGUGCGCGUGUGCCUGUCGCUGCUGUGUGUAUAUAUACGUGUACCUGCAGCUGCUCUGGCCGUGCGACGCGGCGCGCGCGCUAGUGUGCGUUUGUUUAUGCGCGUAGAUUAGCCGCACGCUCGUACUCGCGGCGCGGGGCCGUUCAUUCAACAGCCAGCCGCGCUUCGACGCGCGCGCGAGACUCUCCGUGUAAGCGCGUACUCGCGUUUCGCCGACGUUUCGAGAAAGCAUCCAGAGGAACGGUGACGGAUAUCGCCCGCCACCGCCGCGCGCGUAUUUACCGAGUGAAUCAUACGCGUCCCCGUUGGAUUACGCACGUCGGACGCGCCUGUACGGAUAUAUAUACACCGCUACCGUGUGUUAUUGUUGACGUGUAUCGACGACGACGUCGUGCGAGUCGGAGCGCUAAUCGGAGAACGACCGCGGUGGUUACAUAGUUUCCGUCGUGGGAAACGGGGUCUCACAGUCUCCCCGCGCUGAGAUUUUUCUCUCAUACACAAGAAGAAACUCUGUUUACCCUGGAAGGGAGAGUGCAGUGCGUUCUCUCUCUCUCUCGCUCUUCCCACUUAUUCUGCCUGUUUAUUAUAUCGCAGGGGACCGUCGACUCAGGUAAACACCGAAGGAAGGAAAGAGAGAGAGGCGAAGUAUCGUCGGCGUGAAGAAGAGAGACAGACCUCGGUGAAAGAGCGAGACGGGAACGUCGGCGAUUAGAAGGAGAGAGGACAAAAACAUACACAACAGCUCCGAGAGAAACCGUCGAGUCCCCAUUGCACAGUCUGUUUGGUACGGGUCUAGGUGGUUGCGUGCACCGCGUGCAAGAAUAUCCGUGUGUGUCCAGAGAGAGAGAGAAAGAGAGGUAGCGUGAAACCGCGGAGAGGAUGCCGAGCGCCGAGGAGACGACGUAUCUGAUCGGCGUGAUGCCGGACGGCGCGGCGCAGGCGGACGCGUUCCUGACGCGCGACGUCGACCUGCUGGUGUCGCAGAUCAAGGAGAACCUGCGGCUGUCCAGCCUGAAGGCCAAGUCCAGCAUCAGCCACAAGAACAGCCGGCCGUCGCCGUACCGGGUGCCGGCGCGUUCCUGGGCGGACCCGGUGGCCGGCUGCGAGAUCUGCGGCCUGCGGUCGAACGGCCAGCAGCAGCAGCAACAACAACAACAGCAGCAGCAGCAGCAGAAUCACGUGACCGCCGGUCAACAUCAUCACCAUCACCACCACCACCACCACUAUCACAGCCAUUUCAAGAGGAGCGAGAGAAGGGUAGACGACGACCCGUACGAGGUGCUUCAGGAGCUGCUGCGCGAGGGCGGCCUCAUCAAGGAGGCGGUCAAGAGGCUGCAGGAGAACCUCGACGAGCUCUCGAGCUCGGAGGUCGACGAGGACGACGUGGUGGACGAUGAGGACGACGAGGUGCGACGGCCCGGCGGCGGUUACCGCAGAAAGCCGUACUUCUACGACUCCGAGGACGAGCCGUUGCCGCCGAUGUACGAGCCCCUGGAGCUAUGAGGCGUCCGACGGCAGCAGCGACGCCUGGGAACAACUUUUACCACGGACGUUCCUGCGUGAGGCACGAUAUGCGCAUUCUUCUCCGCGACCCAUUCUUUUCCUUUCUUUCUUCUCGCGAGGAAGGGUCGAGAUUUUUCUAGAACGCUUUUCAAAGGGCAGAGGGGGGGAAACGCUUCCUUUGUGCGACACGGGACGGAAAGUGUCUCGAAAGUGGAUCAGAGAAUUCCGUCGGAAGGAGGAAGACGAUAACGAAGAGUAUCCUGUGAGAACACGUUUCCCUCGUCUGCUCCCCGCCGCGUGGGAGUCCCGGGCCCGACGGCCGCGACGAUGACACAGUGUGCGUGUGCGCGUGUAGACACAAUUAGGCGAGAGCUCGCCUUACAUGGCCGUGUUUGUAAAUACGCUGCGUUGUCGGCGCUGCGCGAUAGCGCUACGCCUCGCCGCCGCGCUGUAUCGACGCCCCGCGCGCGGACGGACCUACGUGGAAGACUUAUGGCCGCCGAGCCGAGACCCGAGCGCGGCCCGUCGCCGCUCGACUCGCUUCACCCACCGUUCGAAGCUCUGUACGCACGCGAGAUGUUGUUCCUUUCCCCGUGCUGUUCCACAUCGCGUACCUCAGAUCCAUUUGUUAAAAAUAUCGCUCUGGCGAACUUAACGCUCGUAAUCGACGUGACGACCUCAACGCGUCGUCCUCCGCGUUCAGAAGCCAUACGCAACACAUGUUCCUUCCUUUUUUUUUUGUUUUUCCGGUCGGUACUCCGUACCGUGAUUAACGAUGAUUAUCGAUAUUCCGAACUAUUAAGAAAUAUCACCGGCGAUAAUCGCAGCGCAAAGCCGAUAGAAUUCUUUAUAUGUAUAUAUUUUGAAGUAUUGGAAAACGCGCGUGUGUGUAUAUAUAUCUAUACAUACACGUAUAAAAUGUAUAUAAUAUAUAUAAAUUUGUUGUUGUUCUACGUGGUAUCUCGUAGUUAUUAAAAUAUCGGCAGAUAUCGUUAUCACAGCGUGGAGUGCCUGUAACAUAACUGAUUCAUCAUGAAAUCCGUGAUUAACGCUUCAAAUGCUGAGCGAAUAGAGGUGAUUAAAAAAAGAUAUGUGACAAUAUUAUUUUAUAUAAUACGAUAUUUUACUUGACAAAGCUCUGCUGGUUAGAGAUUUAUUAUUUCUUCGACUUCGCUUGAUGGAAAAAGGGGUUUAUAUCUAAGAAAGUUUUCAACGUCCUCGUUACUGUAAAAAAUAAUCGCCAAUUACGCACGUUCGUACGGCAUUUGAAGAGUUAAUCUAGCACGUCAUCAUUCGUCAUCUCGCGCGGACUGUCUUGGCUCGAGUUGCAUAAGAAGUCUGUGUUAAAUCAAUUCCGAGUAAGCGAGACGCGCGCUGUUCGUCGACGCUUGUCUCGAUUGUAGCAUUAAACGGAGAAAGAAAGAUCUAAUAAAAAGUUUUAGUACAAUCGUAUUUGUGUAAUAGUGCAAUUGUUUGUUUUAUAUAAUUGGAGUUUGUUUGCGAGUGGCACCGGCGGAGGAUUUACAGUUUUAAUCCUCAGAGAUAACGACCUCGUAUAGCUUGGCAUAAUUAAAAAAAAGAAAAAAAAAGAGAGUUUACAACGUGCCUCGGAUACCGUAAACACAGCGAGUACCGCGAAGAAAUAGCUGUUAAUUAGUUUGUAAUUAUUAUCAUGUGACAGCCUCUCUCUCUCGUGAGUCUGCAUUAUUAAACGUGAGUCUGCCGUUCGAAUUCGAAGAACGCGCUGUCGCGCGGGAACUCUGUAAUCCUCUCGAAAGCACAAUGUCUGUCUCAAUAUUCCGCCGCGUCGGUCGAGCCCGUGCCGUUAAAACGGCAAUAGGUCUUGCCCGCCUAUCGAUUUGCUAGCGCUGAAUUCGUUAUCUCACGCGACGCACGUGAACGUUCGCGUCGACGUUCUAUAAAUGGUGAGACUUUCCGUUAGAAUCAGAAAAUGCCACCCGCAAAGAAACCGCCGGAGCGCGACGAAGGCGAGUCGUCGUCGUCGUCGUAGCUUUCCAGAGAAAAAAAAAGUCUGAGAGCUAAAGAGAAAGAUCUCCGCGUUGUCGCGAAUUAAUUUGCAGGAUUUUCUCAAAUUUUUAAAUUCGGCACUUUUCUUUCUAGCACCGCAGUAGCACAGACUUCGAGGCUAUAAAAUUUGUACCGAGCACGUGCGAGUAGAGAGAGAGAGAGAGAGUGUGUGUGAAGGGAAGAGGAGAGGAAGAGUACACACGAGUAUCGAAGAUACUCCUCAAGCUGUUAAACAAGGACAAUCAGAUCCUGGGCCCCCAGGAUUACAUACACAGUUCCACUUCGAGUGAGUAAACUGCGAUGUUCGCAGCCGAUUCAACGAUUAAUUAUAUAUAUUAACGAUGCCUUUGCAUUGCGUGGCGGAAGUAUUAGGGGCACAAUGCGCCACGGAGAGGAGGACAUACAAGAGACACGGUGAUCUCAUUUAUUUUUUCAUGAUGCGCGCAACGAGCGGGCCACGGGCCCGCCGAUCGAUGCGAGGCGAGAUCAUUGAUAGUUUAGCGUAUAUAGGCUCGGUUUAGUUCCCGACAGCUGCGUCCUUAAUCCUAAAGGGUACAAGAUACUGUCUGUCCGUUCGGCGAAAAGCGGAAGCAAGCGAGUGGGGGGAGUGUUACUGUUGGCUAGGAGAGGGAGGUCGGCGGAAGCUUUACACGAAGACGCUCACGUCCGCGAGGAGCGUGUCGUGAGAAUCGGACUGACAAUUCGUUGUACAAACGGAGGUUUCCGUCGCCCAGGCUGAGUAUGGGCGAUUUUGUCUCAUUUAUGAAAUUGUAUAUCGAGGAAGGAGCGAUUUUUUUGAAAAUUAGCGAAAGACUGCGUUGCGAGGUGAAGGAGAAAUCUCUACGGGAUUCCGAUUCGUUGUAUCGUUUAGGAUAAAACGCGCUGGAGUAUUAACGAAGAGACGUGUAAGAAUGUCAAAGAUUUAGAUAAUGUCCACGUUGCGGGGAAUCUCCGCGGGAGGGAAAUGAAAAAAAAAAGAGAUGGUCGGAGGGAGGAACCGCGACCGCGCGUUAACGUGGAUCUGUAUAAUAAUACAUUUAGCUUUAUAUCCCUUUCUCUGUGCAUGUUUUAGUGCAUAGUUACUUAUCGCUAUCGAUCGCUAGAGGAGAGACACGCUGUGUGUUGUUGUGUAAACAUACAUUGUAUCCGCACGUACAAGAUAUACGCGUGCGUUGCACGAGUUCGCGCGGCGAGAUGCUGCUCCAUCGUCGCGUGAUUCAUUUCAUCGCGGGUUUAAAGAUAAGGGAGGGAGGAGCGAGAGAGAGAGAGAGAGAUAUCCGUAAUACGAGAAUCCCUACGAGGCAGCAGUGACGUCACGGGUUGACAUAAUUACAAAGAGGACUAUUACUCCUCGCGAUAAUAUCGCCGUGAUGACGCGCGGUGCCGCUUAUUACUAAUUUCUCAUCGCGCGAGGUUUCUAUUCCGAAAUCUCGCAAUCAACUCGAGGAAGGAGCCCUCGAUUAUUCCCGGGAGCGCGCGCGAGUGACGUCACGGCUGCAGCGUCCGGGAUUUUAUUGUACACGUGGCGUAAAACGCGGUCGCGGCGGCACACAUACACACACAAACACACGAAUGACGCAAUAAAACGACACACUUGUAUGUAUAGCGCGACACCCGUAGGAUUCGAAGAAACGAGGGAUCGUUUCGUGGCUUCGGGGGGGUCGGUCUCGCGACGACGGUUUUUGCCGCCUUAUCCGACUAAUUAGAUAAGCUAGCAAUUAGUUACCGCGCGUACCUAUAUUGCGAGCGGAGCGAACGAAUUGCGUCAGGAUUCCACUGUUCCGGACGGGGAUGCCUGUGUGCGUGCGUGCGUGAGCAGUGUGAGUGCGUGCGUGAGCAACGUGAGUGCGAGCGAGAGCGUGCGUGGGAAGAGCGUUGCGUUAGUCACUUCGUUCUCUUUUUCCUCUCUUUUUUUUUUCUACAUGAGUGAGCGCAAUCCUUCGUUCUUUUCUAUAAGUUUUCGUCGUUAAAGAACCGUGCAUUAUGGAAACUAUAUCUCGUUGUGAUCGCGCCGGGCUCGCACGUCCGGCAAGUCUUAAUUAAAUGAAAAAAAUAAAUAAAGUUCAAAGUUUCGAUGCA